GAGCAGAAGUCAGGUGAGGAAGAUGAAGAGGAGGUGGUAGCGUACCUGGAUGGUUCUGAUGGAGAGGAGUUUGACCCCAGCACGCUGCCCGACCCGGACAAACUACGCUACGACUCAGAGGAAGAAGAUCACCAGAGCAGGUAAAAAUUAUAGGCUACUGUACCAUCUAGUCUUUAGGCUGAAACUGGAUGCAUGAUAGACUAAAGGCUCCAUACAGAGCUUUUAAAAUCCCUUGACAAUGCGCAGCCCUUACCCAUAAGGAUUUUGUGAUGAGUAAAUCUGAAAGAACAGGCAUCAAUUCGACCAAGCAUAGAUUAGAUGUCUGGAUAUCACUGAUGCAUUCCAAUCCUUUCAAAAUUACCAGACAGAAGCCAUGGUUUGACGUUUCUCAAGGAAUCCAUAUUGGAAAACAAUGAGCUGCUCAGCAUUUUAGGCCUGGCGCUCGGUCGUAGUGGGGUUGUUUUUAUUGAGCAUUCAUAGAUUCAUUAGAUUUGCAAUGUUGUAUCACUGCUCGGCUGCCUGGGAUUAUUGGGAUUCGUGGUGUAAUUGUCUCCGGAGCAGAAUUAUACCCUUUCCAGGAGGGAGGACUCCCUCUGUAGCCUGCCGUGGCAGAGGCAUUGAUCGCGGGCGGACGGCAAUAGGCUAUAAAGUGUGUAAUUAGAGGCAGAUUUAAAGUGGCAGCCGAGGGUGAAGGGCAACGCGACCUCUCGCUACAGGGCAAUGCACCAAGAAUUUAAAGACAGAGAGGCAGGCAGGACGAGGCUUCUGGUUUUCUGCUCCACAUCUUCCUCUCUUUUCUUGAUGUCUUGUCUACUACGGCAGUGGUUCCCAACCAGGGGUACUUGGCCUAUCCACAGGGGGUACUUGAGAAGACUCAUGAGACCAUAGUCUUACUGGUCAAAUGCACAUGAGGGGGUACUUAAGGGGUACUCCGUGCAGAGCAAAAUUCAGUCGGUGGUACAGUAACUGGAAAAGGUUGGCAACCGCUGUACUACGGAGUAUUGUCUUUGUGCUCUCUCUCUGACUUGUUUCUACUUCUCUCUCUGUCCCUUUCGAUUCCUCAUACUUCUUUCUCUCUCUCUGCCUCUCUUUCACUCCCUUCGCCUGCAUUUAUCUCUCCCUUCCUCUCCCCGUGUGUGGAGGAUCAGCAGAUGUUCCUUCCCUCUCCUCCUCCUCCGUUAGCCCAGAGGGCUGCGGGCGAGAGCAGAUUUACAGUCCGCUCCACUUCCCCGCUUUCACUGCAUGACUACAAUGGCCCUUUACCACGCAGAUCUACCGCCUGCCUGCCUGCCUCUCUCCUUGGGAUGCUGGUUUAUGCUAGGGAGGGGUUUCUCAGAACACCACCACUUAUAUAUCACCCUCUCCUUGACAUCUUCUACUGCACCCCCUCCUCUCUCUUUCCCUCUAUCCCUUUCUCGCUUUCCUCCAGUGUAUAUUAAUACCACCUCCUAGUGUCUUCUUCUGGCAGAUUUCCACACACCACUAUCUGUAAGAGAAACCUCCCUAUGCUGCUUGUAUAUGGCCUGGCCAUUGUUAAAGCGCACCAAGAAUAUACUGUACUGUCCAUCCAUUCACUCUGGGUUUAUCCCUACUGAGUCCAUCCAUGCCUGUACUGGCCAAUUCCUCUGUCUGACUGACUCCAUUGCUCACAUCCUGUGGUGAUGAUGAAUGACAGUGUAAUUGAGUCUCCCUGGCUGACGUCAUCGCUGAGCCGGUUGACCAUGAUCUCUAGGGCAACAGCCGGUGGUAUGAUGCAUUAUGAUUAUGGAGUAGCGGAUGGAUGGAUGUCCCCAGGACAACUCUAAGGCCAAUUGGCUGUACCUGGAUAUAGACAAUCAUAAGCAUGCUACUUGCUAACCAUAAGGGAGCUAUUGAUCGAUGCACAGCCUUGAGCAGCCCAUAUUUCUAUUGUAUCUAGCACUAUGUUAAUUAUGUAUAACCACCACCAGGGGGAUGGCGACAACUUAAGCCAUGAUUUUUUUUUUUUUUUUUUUUUUUUUUCUCUCGGGGGGAAUGGAUCAGCUUAAUAUUGCAGAUAGAUUGUAUCUUCUAUCAAUGUAAUUGUCUGCAUCACUUCCAAUCCCCCAUGUUUUAUUUAAUUUUUUAUAUAUAUAUUCCCCUUUAUUACUUUUCAACCCCACCAUCCUUUCCCUACUUGGAGUAAAUUAGUGAACAACAACGCCCAGGCCUCUACUUCCGGUCUAUACUUACUAUCUACACCUUAUGGACAGAGUUAAUUUUACAAUAAUUCUAUAUAUAUAUAUAUAUAUAUAUAUAAUUUUUUUUUUGCUCCUGAACUUCUUCUACUCUCAACCUCUCCGAUCAUUUUCAUGAUGUCCACUUAAGCCAUGAUUGACAUGAGGGCCAUAACAUAUGAAACAUUCCCUCGAAUCAGUUGUUGACCCCAUUCCAGUCUAUACUUUUUAUACCAGCACAUACAGUUCUGUGUCGAUCCGCUGGAGAAAAGCCUUAAAUGAUUCAACAGAGACUUAGUGUUGAGGGUGAUUUAACCAAACAAUUCAGGCAGAAAUUGUUUGGUUAAAUCAUCCUCAACAAUACACAGUAAAUUCUGAGCUUUCCUUAUCUUCGGAACUUCUGUAAAGAUGUAUUUAUUUAUUUAUUUAAGAUACAGUUCUAAUUAUUCCAUCAUAGACAUGUCACUAUAUAGGGUAUGUAAUUGCCACUCAGUUGUCUAUUUUCCCCUGGUCAGGUUCUGGUCAGGUUCUUGUUCUCAGCCAAGUGCAAGAUACAGCUUGGCUGGUGUGUGAUGGUGCCCAGGAAAGUAUUAAACACAAUACUAUAUGAGACCUGCUGGCCUUUGGAAUUAAAUUGAGUCUACAGCAAAAACUAUAAGAAGAAUGAUAGAGGCACAGAAAUCCGACAAAGGGGUCAGUUAAGGGGUAAAUUAGGAACUUGUCAGAAUAAUGAGUCCCAUUUCUGUUCUUUUAAAUCUAUUGUUGCUGCUCUUUUGGCUAUUAUAGAUUAUAAUUGCAAACAUAACUUAUUCUGAUCAGGUUGGACCAUUCCCCAACUUCUCAUGUCUCACUAUCUGUACCAAACAGAUGUUCUACAAACUAAGUUCUUCAUUUGGGCUCAGGUUGUCUUCACCAUGGGCUAAGGUUAGAGAAAAGCACCCUGUCAGCACUAACAAAACAGCAAAGCAAGACAAAUGUACCACUGCUUUUCCCUUUCCUUUUGACUUUGGUUGAAAUCACUCCUCCUUAUGGCUUGUGGAAAGACUGUCAAGAAAAUGCGCUUGCCUACAUGUUUGUGGUUGGCAAGGUUAAAGAAAAAGUAACCUUACUAAUGUACACAGCUGGGUCCUGAUUCAACUGAUUCAUUAGACAUGAAAUGGAAGAAAAAUGGGCCGAAACGAGAAGGUACCAUCUGAACAUAUUCAUAGAAACGCUUGUUUUUAGUUUUCCAUUGCAAAUCGUUUUGUUACGGUGUGCUAGAGCUGGGACGAGAAACCAAAAAUUAUCGACACAGACCAUACCGCCCACUUAUGGUGGGCAUUUUGCUGAUAUCGUUCAUUAUAUAAAUAAAUAAUAAUAAUAAAUAAUAUGCCAUUUAGCAGACGCUUUUAUCCAAAGCGACUUACAGUCAUGCGUGCAUACAUUUCUGUGUAUGGGUGGUCCCGGGGAACGAACCCACUACCUUGGCGUUACAAGCGCCGUGCUCUACCAGCUGAGCUACCAGCUACCACAUACUGAUAAGUAGCCUAUACUACUUAUCAUUUGAAAUUAAAUAGUUAUGGGUUAUUGUUAAUGGGACAAUUGAUCAAACUAGUAGUAGUAGUUUAAAGGGUAAAUUGUAUUAAUUCAGUCAUUUUAUUGUGAUAUGGAUUUUUGGCCAUAUCGCACAGCUCUAUGGUGUGCCCUAAUGAAUAUGACCCGAUGGGGUUCUGCAUGCAUGGCAGACAUUUUGUUUUACCUAGUGCUCACCACCCAGCCCCAGAGCUGUGGCGUGUCAAAAAUCUGAGACAUGGAUAAUAGGAGAGAUGGCUCUAUCAGCAAUGACUCAUCGUUUCAUUCUGCUACCUGUUCACAUAAAGCAUUCCCAUCUCCCUUUAUCCACACCAUUUGACUUCAUCAAAGACUUAGAAUUGUUUUGUUUAGCUCAUUUGUUCGAUUAAUUCCAUUAUGCCAUUACUGGGUGUCUGAUGAUCUCGACACUGAAAGAGUCAUGGAGAUCUCUAUAGAACUGUUUAUUUCCACACCAUCUCACAACUUUUGAAUAAACAGAGCCUGCUAUCUCCCCUAUCAGAUAGAUGUGAUGGAUGCCUCUUUCCAUCCCACUCAAUAACAAAGAAAACCAACAGUGAUCAACUGCAAGCAAUCAAACAGCUAGCAACAUUUGAAGACUUUUAACCAAGUUGCCUCUCUGUGAUGCAUUCCUCUACAUUUCUUACACAGAUUCCCAUGAUCCACGGUGUCUCAACUAGGGCCCUGUGUUUUGGACAAUCAUGUCACAUGACCUGGAUUUUAACCUUUUGAUAAAAGCUUUUUCAUCAAACUGUCCCAUUUUCUUUUUAUGUCAGAUGGUCCAGCACUAUCCUCAGACAAUUGCUUACAUUUUUGGUGUAAUUCUCAUUUCUGGAAAAGGCUUAAAAUAAAGGUUCAAAACAAGGUAAUGUGACAUUAUAGCCCAAAACACAGGACCCUACUCAUAACCCCUUUCAAACCCAUCUCCAUAGAUCGGCCCUCAAUAAAAACCGAACUCCCAUUGAUAUGAGCUGAACUGAUUGUUGAACCCUUUCUUCUAUCUGUUUAAAGCCCUGCUGCAGGGACGAGGAAGCGCAGCCGUAGUGACAGCAUCGAUCACUCGGGUGAAGAAGAAGAAGAGGCAGCGGGGAGCAGGAAGAGACACAGGCAACAAGCAACUGCCAAGCCGCUCGACACUGGCCUCUCUCUGGCCGAGGACGAAGAGCUGGUCCUGCAUCUGCUGGGGAACCGGAGCUAG